AUGUCGAACUCAAACUCUCCUAUUAUAUUGGAAGGGCAUUUCGAUCCCAAUAUUCCACAAAUUUUGCCGCACGACAAGAUGUACAAGAUUCAAAUUGGCAAUAAACUAUUCAGAAUCAGCGGUGCAUCCUUAAGUUCAGAUGGGCCCAGUUAUUUUACGAAUUAUUUUUCAAAACUAAGUGAAUCUAAAAAAAAACGGUUAGAUACAGAUAGUAGUGGUAAACCUUCCCAUGAACCUGCUACUGUGAACGAAAUCUUAUUCAUUGACAGGUCUGCCGACAUAUUCGAAUUGAUUUAUCAGCACUUACAAGGUUAUUUCAUUGACAUUAAAGAUGAGAGGCAAUACACAAUGUUGUUUGCUGAUGCUCUAUAUUAUAAUUUGCCAAGGUUAAGAUCAAUAUUAAAAGAGAUAGAUUAUUACUUUACCAAUGUAGGUGGGACAUCAUUUAAGAUUGCGAAGAACUUAUUUAGAAGGAAAGGUGACUCUCCAAAUUAUUUUGAAAUGACAUCGAACUCUUUAUAUCUUGACGUGGAGCAAUUAAUCGUAUCAAGGAAACUAUUACGCCCACCACCUCACUCGCCUCCAUAUAUCCCAAGAUCUGCUGAAUACUUAACUGAUAUUUUGGCGUUAUUAGGUGGUGCAUCUUUAAACCUUGAUGAUGAAAGAAGAGAAUCAUUGCUUAAAGAAUGCCGUUAUUAUCGACUCUUGAAUUUGGAACAGACUUUAAUUAAGCAUAGGAUACAAUUCAAUCCAAUGACCAACCAUGAAGAAAUAUAUAUUAAUCUAAAGGAUAUGAGUAAAAAAUCCGUGAAGGCACCACCAAUGCAGGAUACUUCAAAUUUAACCGACUGUUUUGAUGGAAGUUCAGAAAGUGGUUGUCUUCAGCUCAUUAACAACGAUUCUCCUGAGCCAGCAACGAAGAAAUUGAAAACUAACUUUUCACCUCAACUAUGGAGAAUUCUUAGUUAUAAAAGACCCUUUAUUGAUGAAUAUGCUCGCGAUUUAAUAUUUCAAAUUUCCACAAAUGAAUGCACUUUACUCUUUAACAAAGAAAAGGGACUGAUUCAUAUAGACAUAAUUGGUGAAACUGCGCGACGCUUCAUAACAAUAUUUGCAAACAUUCUGGCUAGUAAUGAGAUUGAUCUGGAGAAGUAUAAGGUUAUAUUACCUACUCCUAAUGGGAUCAAUGCAAUAAUUAAACCUGAUGAUAAAGACACCUCUCAAACGACGACACAAACGCAUCUUGUUUUGCCUACCUGUAUUUCUAAAUGUGAUCUCCAAGUGAAUGGAUCCAAAUGCAGCAGUGUACGCUCUCUAAUCAAUGAUUGUAAUAGAAAUGAUCAAAUCAUUGAUUUUUCAGAUAUGAGUCUUCUAAAACAUUCACUUGGUUUGAAACUUCAUAUACUGAAAAUACAAUGUAAAUUAGGGAUAAAUUGUGGUAAACUUAUGCUAAUUGCCCAAAAAGUAGACUCAUUCACAGGGGUGCAAGAAUACAGUAAAUCUGUAGAAUAUCUAUAA